AUGGAGCAGACUCGGAGCAAACCUGCUUCCACCGUCUAUCCAUGGAUGGACACUGAACAUGUCACCGGGCACUUGAGAAAAUGUUUCAAAUUCGUCUAUGACAAAGUCAAGUUACUGAACGGCCGGGUGGACGGCAUGGAAGCGCAAAUGACGCAUCUCAAACAGCUUGUCGAAGACGUCAAGACAAAGUCCGAAGCGGACAACCAAGGACUGCAAAGCGAUAUUGAUGCUCAGAAGGCGCAGAAUCAGCAGCUGCGAAACGAACUGGAUGCUGAGAGGGAUCGUAACCAGCGACUAGAGACUACGAUCAAGGAUUCACAACAGUCAAUCACCCGGACCGGUCAACAGUUGAAUGAUCUCUCCAACCAGUUCCGUGCCCACGAGACUAUCGCUACUGCAAAGUUGCAAAGGACAGAUCGGAUCGUGCCAGAUCUUACGCAGCGGAUAGAGUCGCUGAAACGGUCCGGCAAUACCUACAGUCAGAGCGUUGUCGAACUGCGAAACCACCUAGAAGAUCGCUUCGAGACAGCAGUGGUCCAUACCCAAGAAUGCUUGCGUCACAACAAAACCGCCUGGAUCAAAGGUCUAGAACUCCUCAGAACCGAGACGGCGGAAAAGCUCGCCACUACGACAGAUCACUUCUCCACCGCUAUUGAUACCGUGCAAGCACAAUCCCGCGAGCAUACGGAAGCGUUCGAAAAAACAGCUCUGGUCCUGGACCGUAACUCUCAGCGUAUGGAAGAGCUCGGAAAUGCGAUGGUAGAACCACAGCUCCUGGAAGGCAUGAAACACCGCGUCGAGAAGCUUGAGAAUGCUGUGGUAUCGUAUGAUGCGGCACUGCAAGGUUCUCAGGCCAUGACGACCAGACUUGAUGCUUUCGAUUCCCGUCUGGGAUUGUCGGAAGUCGCUCUCCACUCCAUUCGAACGCCGACUUUGACACCCCCGACUACCACAACAGCUACCGCCGCUCUCGACGAUCCUCAGAAUAAGGUCGACGCAGUCUAUUUACAGUUGAAGAAUGAACUUGCCUCAUUGAGUAAUUGCAAAGACCGACUUGUCGCAUUGGAAAAGCACCGCGGUACCCCUGCAUCUCGCAAACUUGACAAUAGGGUCUGCGUACUGGAAGAGAACUACGGCAAGAUGCGCAAUGACCAUACAGGAAUGACCGCCAAGUGUGUUACCCACGAGCAGUUCGCUGCAGCAAGGAAUGCCGAUGCUGCCUCCCUCCAGACGACUAUUCAGAACCACCGGGAAGAGGUGAAGCAGAGGAUGGAGUAUAAUGUUGUACUCCUGAAUGGGCUAAGGGGCCAGCACCUACAAAAUAUAGAGACCUCUCUCAAAAAGGUCGUCCAGGAUAACGCAUUCCCCCGUUUCAACAGGCCAUGCACAUGCAGCACGCUCUGCUACUUGCAAAAGACGCUGCGUCUGAUGCUCGACAAGGAACCCAGCCAGUCGCCGAUACCAUUGACCUCACCGCACCUGGACAACCCACGUUCUUUCGACAAGUGCCUGAGAAGCGACAACAAAUUGAUCGACCGGCGCAACAGCAGGGUCAGUAUUCAACGCAGCAGCAAUGGCGGCAACAAGUGCAACAACAGGCUCAGCAACAAGCUCAGCAACAAGUACAGCAACAAGUACAGCGACCAGCACAACAACAGCAUCUGA